CUCUCUCUCUCACUCUCUUGGAAAAGUUGUGCGAACGUGGUGCUAUUUCGGGCCGCUGUCACGCUGUCCGGUUUAUUCCUCUCAGGGCUUCCUCUCCACGGCUUCUCAGCACUUUCACCACGAAGAGCUUCUUACCUCAAACCCACUCCGCUCCCGCUGAGACCCGCCGCCUCGGCCGCGUCAGCUGGGACUGACUGAGCUGGAGAAACAGUGAGGAAACAUCUCGGGAAGGUUGGGAGCAGCGGCGAGUGAGCGAAUCCAGUCGGGCUCAGCGGCAGGAAUAGCAUAAAUAUGGGGGACGGCCAAGUGAGGACGGAUGUGUCUGAACCGAUGGAGGAGCCUCAGUCCAGCGGAGCGGACAAAAUCGACAUGUCUCUAGACGAUAUAAUCAAGUUGAAUAAAAAAGAACAGAAAGCAAACAGAGCUGCGUUCAGGGUGAGAAACAAACGUGCUGCAAACAAGAAUAACGUCCUGAAGAAGCUGAGCCAGGUGCCACAGACACGGAGAGGCCUCAGACGAGGGACGCUGCAGUACCAGGGUCCCAGCAGGUCACGAGGACUGAAUAGAGCCAGAGGUUUGGGCAGGAGAGGGUCACUGAGAGGCAGCGGCCUGAGCCCUCUAAAUAGAGCUUCUGCCAGUACAGUGAGACCAGAGCAGCUGGGUGAAAACACAGUCCCACAGAGAGGUGCGUUUCGAGGGAGAGGACGAGGACGAGGCAGAGGAAGAGGAGGUUUAAACAGGGGCGCUUUUUCAGCAAGAGGUCAAAGAGCUCCCCAAAGAGGUGGCAGGCCAUUUACAUUAGACAGGGGGUUUGCAGCUACAAGGGGAGCUGGCAAAUUGGAAAGUUAUCAGAAAAUAAGGAGUCGAACUACAGCAUCCUCUUCUGGAACAACACUGACAGUGUCACUGCCCAAUGCAAAACCAGCAGCUGCACCUCCGCCUAAACGUGGUGGCGCAAUGCUAAGGGGCAGGUCAUCUGACGCUGCAGGCAGCCCCACACCCAAAGGCAUCCAGCUCCAUUUUAAUUACAAAGCCACGACCAACCAGACUGGAUUAUCGCUACAUGAUCGCUUUACAAGCCUACGGAUCAGAGGGCGUGGUCGGAGAGCAGAGAGGGGAAGUGGGAGGGGGCGAGGAAGAGGACAAAUUAGAGGACAAAGAAUAGAAGGAGAAAGAGGAAGAGGAGGAGGUGGAGGAAGGGGCAUGCUAAGAGGUGGGAUGGCCGUAGCACAAGGAGGAAGAGGCAGAGGCAGAGGCAGAGGCAGAGGUGGAAGAGCAGCGGCACGGGGUGCUGGCCGAAUGGUCAUUCUUCAGUAAUUUUCACAAUAUGGGCUGCAGUAGAUAAGAACUCGCACCAACACAUUUACUUUUCAUAAAACACAAAAGGUGUAGGUUGUAGAAAAGCUCCUCAAGUUAAGCAUAGAUGUAUUUACCAUCACCUUCUGGUGGUUUAAUCAUUCUAUUUCUGUACCAUUGACAUCAUUUGAAUUUGAAAUUGUGAUGGGUAUGGAAAAGCGUUUUUAAAGUCACCAACAAGAUGCUGUAAUGAAUGUUUGUCAGUACUUUAAUGUAAUUUUUCAAUGAAUAAAUGUUGAGAAUUUGACAUAUUUUAAAAUUAUUUAUACCUGCAAAUGAAUGUUUUUGGAAUUGAAUACACCUCAAAAUACAAUGAAGUGCCUCAUCAUAUAUUGUAAAUACAUUGUUAUUUGUUUACAUGGUUUGCAUUUGCAUGAUUCCAGUAAGACAAAAGUAUUUUCAGAGUAUUUCAGAAUGUACAUAAACUGAGCUGUAUGACUUAAAGUGAUGUCAACAAACCCAAUUAAAGUCAACUAUUUUGAAAAAUU